CACCGCCUCCCAUCGCAUCCCACCGCCUCCCAUCGCAGCCCACCGCCUCCCAUAGCAGCCCAUCGCUUCCCGCCGCCUCCCACCGCAUCCACUGCCUCCCACCGCAUCCACUGCCUCCCACCGCAUCCACUGCCUCCCACCGCCUCGACCGCAUCCAUCCCAUCGCAUCCCUCACUUCCCAUCGCGUCCCACGCCCCCUCCGCGUCCCGGCCGGCCCUGCCCAGCCCCGCGGCAGGAGGAGCGGCUGCGCCCGGCCCCGCUGCCCGAGCUGCCGGAGCCGCUCCGCGCUCUCCUCCUUGCUUUGGAGAUGCUCGAGGCCUCUGUCAUCUGUGAGCAGCUGCCACAGAGGAAUUGUCCUGGCAGAGCCUGAAGGAAUCCGGGAUCACAGCACUCCCCAGGGUGCUCCUGUUCCCUCUGCCUGUGGAUGCUGCUGCCACCAAGGACACAGCUCUUCUCCCAACAACACCCACCCCUCUGGAAAUAAAAAUCCCCAAGCAACCCAACACAUUUUCAUCCAGGAGUGCAGACCACGACUGAACUUCCAAGGCCUGGACGUCCGCUCCGAUUCUCACUCUGUGCGCCCGUGAAGAAGAUGUCCAAGAACACAACAGAGAACUCAAGCAAUGCUCCCUCAGCUCUUCUAGGCCUGUUCCUUGGGAGCAUUUCCCUGAUCACCAUUGUCAUGAACAUUUUAGUGCUGUGUGCUGUGAAAAUGGAGAAGAAGCUGCAGACAGUGGGCAAUUUGUACAUCGUGAGCCUGUCCAUCGCAGACCUGAUCGUGGGGGUGGCUGUGAUGCCCCUCAACAUCGUGUACAUGCUGAGCCCCGUGUGGCCCCUGGGGCUGGCAGCCUGCUUGUUCUGGCUGUCCAUGGAUUACGUGGCCAGCACCGCCUCUAUUUUCAACCUCUUCAUCCUGUGCAUGGACCGGUACCGCUCGGUGCAGCAGCCGCUGAAAUACCUCAAGUACCGCACCAAAAUGAGAGCCUCGCUGCUCAUCCUGGGGGCCUGGCUGCUCUCCUUCACCUGGGUCAUCCCCAUCCUGGGCUGGCACGUUUUUGCCAACAACGGGCAAAGGAAGGUGAAGGAGAACAAGUGUGAGACAGAGUUCUCCGAAGUCACCUGGUUUAAAGUGCUGACAGCCAUUUUCAACUUCUACCUGCCCUCCCUCCUGAUGCUGUGGUUCUACUGUAAAAUCUUCAGAACUGUUCGGAGACACUGCCAGCACCGAGAGCUCACCAACAGAGCUUAUUGGUCUUCCUUGGAAAAAACCACCGUGCAUCAGACUAAGAUAAAGGACGAGAAAAAUAUCUGCCUCCAGAAGCAAAUCUUAUGCGAGAACACCCCUGGCACAGAGAAGCAAAGCUCCCCAGAGCCCCAAAGAGUGGAGGCAGAGCUUUAUUUCAGGAAUCCUGACAAAUCUUCAAAGGCACUGAGUAAUGGGAAAGUCCUGAAGUGGAGCUGUUUCUCUGUCACCACGGCCAAGCCUGGGCGUGGCUUGGAUGAAACAGGGAAGAAGGGUGUGUGUGCCACAAAAAAGCCUGGGAAUAAGGAGCAGCCUGGCUGCCAGGACAGUGACUCCAGUGCGGCAUCCGACAACCACACCUUCACUGAGGUGGCACCCCGUGCACAGCACUCCAGUUCCAACCCUAAAGGAGCCUGCUGUCCUCAGGGAAAGACUGAGUGCAGGGAUUCCAGAGGGCUGACAUUCCUGAGGAAGACCUGGCACACCCUGCACGGCCAUCCCAGGAGCACCCACCGGCACGGGAACAGGGAGCGGAAGGCAGCGAAGCAGCUGGGGGUGAUCAUGGCAGUCUUCAUGCUCUGCUGGAUCCCCUACUUUGUGUUAUUUAUGGUGAUAACAUUCCACGACCAUGAACGGCUCUCAGAACUGCACAUGAUUACCAUAUGGCUCGGCUACGUGAACUCCACCCUAAAUCCAUUCCUGUAUCCUCUUUGUAACCACAAUUUCAAGAAGACUUUCAAAAAGAUCCUUCACAUUCACUGAUACUGAUCUGGGUUUUUGGAGCUCAAAUGCAGCUCAGGAGUUCAACCAAACAAAAUAGUCCAGUUUCGAAGGACGGGUAAAGUAAAAGACUUUGGCAAACUGUAAUUUAUAAAGUGUUAGUAAAAGUGGGAAAUGUGCAUUUAAUAGUUUUAACACAUUUGAAGAGCUACUUCAGGUCAAGAAUCUGAAAAACUCAGGGUCAAUCUGUGAACUGUUACACUGCUGUCAGCCUUUACCAUUUGAGAUCACCUCUUUCAUCACAGAAAUGGAGAUACACAUAGGCAUCUUCAGUGAUUAUAAAUUAUUCAGCUCCAGAAAAGGAAGAAACCACAUUUCUGUGAUUGGCCAAAACCAUUUUUCUCUUUCAACUUACUCCACUACACGCAGGAACACAUUGCUUGUGCAGUGAGAUUUGCAAGUGGAGGUACUUUGCACAGUCAAAUAACAAACUUUCAACUGUUUAAAAAAACUCCCUUAUUUAUUUAUAGCUUCCUCCAAAUCACAAACCUUUCAUCAAACAUCAAGUUUAAGUGUACCCUACUGUAUCUCUUUGAUAUCACACUUACAUUAACUGUACGUUAACUUUGCUGAAAAAAAGUAGUAUUUUUAUGUCCUAAAAGGGUUUCCUACUGUCACCAUCUUCUCCAGAAGGGUAUGCUGCUGUUCUAGAAUUGCAGAAUACAGUUGCUUAUACAUGAAGUAUGUUUCCCUUUUCUACCCUUCAUAUUUAAUUGCAUUUUGUAAACCUUGCUGUCAAACAUUUCAGGAGAAACACACAAUAAUGGAAUACUCUAAGUUGGAAAAGAGACCAAGAAGAUGUUGAAGUACACCCUACAGCUGAAAGCUGGGCUGGAUUUGAUAUUACAAAGAAAAAAGAUGUGCUCUGAUUCACUUUGUAGUGCUGAUGCAUUUCCCACAUCCUGAACACUUUCUCGCUUCUGAAAUUGCUGCGUUAACAACAAAGUUCUGACCUGUAACUCCUUCAGCUGAGAACUGCCAAAAGUUUGGGGGGGGAUGAGUUGUAGGGGUGUCCUGUGCAAUAUCUUUAUUACAUCAGAAGCAAAAAGGAGUGGUUUAAUGGUAAGAGGAGAAAUUCUGGAUUCUCUUCUCUUCGGGAUCUCGAGCUGCUCAGAGUCCCUCUGUGCCACAUGUGCCUAGUUCAUAAAGUGAGUAAGACAAGAUCACAGCAACAAUGCAACACUAAGGGGAAUGUGGGAAAGACUGCUCAUAAAUUUUGGAUAGAAUACUCUAAAUGCAAAGUAUUAUUCCUCUGUCCAUGUCAUUUCUCUGAAUUAGACACCCGAGUGUUUAAUUGUAUUUAAAGUAUUCAAUAUUAAACAGAGCCCUAAUACAUCUGCAUUUUAAUAAAUUGGGAAAAUGUGCUAAAGGAAUAAACUCCAAUUCAGUCUAUUUCAGUGUAUCCCACAAGGUUCAGAGAUUAAUUGACUUUGGUUUCAAGUUGCAUGCAGGAAAAACUGCAAUUAGGAAACUUAAAUCUGGGAGAAAUAAAGGCAAAAUGCAGAGAGAGAAUAUAAACUAAACAAAAUUCAUUGCAGAAUUCAGGCAACUUUUUCACUGCAGGAGGAACACCUGCCCCAGUGCUAAAAGACACCUUUUUGGGGUACAGAGCAGAACCUUUCGAAACACAUGCUCUAAUCCCUGGCCUUUCACAAACAAUCACUGAGAUUCACAGCCAUUACAUUGUUUUUUUCUACUGUGAUUUGCAACAGCAAUUCUGGCCAAAAUGGAUGGUAAUUUAGAUGAUCCCUGAGGAAAUAAAAGUCAGCCACAGUUAUUAGUGCUGAAAAACACAUUUACCCAAGGGCUGCUGAGAGUCAUCAAGAAAUCUGUCCUGUUGAUCAUGAAAAGCCUUUUCUGACUUUACAAUGUACCAAUACACGACAAAACCUAAGCAAGGUCAUCAAAAAUUGGUUUAAAAAUGAUGGUGACUGUAACGACAAAAAAUAAAGAACAUUCAAAGAGCUAAACCCAGGAAAGUAAAGCUGCCUGAAUAUUUUUUAAUCUCACUUCAUUUUACCCAUGAUCUUAGUGUCACUGUGUUAAUAACAAAGACAGGACUGGUGAUAGCCACAUUUUAUAGCCAUUAGAUAAUUGUAGUGGUUUGGUCCAAAAUACUCAUUACUGUUUACCUUCUGUGAGCAGAGAAUU